CACGAGAAAACCCAAAGUGAAGGAAGAGAAGGUGAAAAUAGUAUCACCAAGAUUCAAGGGGCAAUCGGAGCAGCCAAUAUCCUCAAAAGAUGGGGAAUCAAUUUGACCCCAUCACGAGGAGGAGGUCGAUCUGGUCUUGGUGGAGGUGGUGGUGCCGGUGGUGGAGGUGGAGGAAUCUCGGGUGGACCCAGUUCCCAGCCAUUUGGUGAUCUCGAGUUGACAACCAAUUUUGGUAAAUGCAUCUACAGUGUGGACCAUCGUCAUUACCAAGGAACCAAAUCUGCUCGUAAAGACUCGGCUGCUGGAAGCUGUGAAAGUGGACCUUCCAAAUUGUCAACUCCUUCUGCCUCUGUUUAUUCAAAUCUCAGUGCCAUUGGACAUUUUCGUUCUCCUUCCGAGGCUCAUCAUAAGGAAUCUUCAACGGGUCAUGAAGGAACAUCGAGUAGCCAUAAUAAUGAUACCAACAAUAAUAAAGACAUUAACACAUCUAGUAAUAAAUCAGGGUCCAGAGGCAAGGGCACUACAACUGCACAUAAAUUGUUGAAAAAAUUUGCCAAAAGUGCUUCAUCUACGGCUGUGAUUACCGGCCAACAUGAUACAGCUGCAUCACUUUUAAGGAAAAGUUCAUCAUCAACCCUUUCAACUACUCAUUCUUCCAUAAAAAACCUAACCAAAUCUGAAUCUCGCGGGUGUUUAAUUCAAGAAUCGGAAGAUGAACCUCAUGAGAGAAAAGAUGGCCUUGAUGAGAGUGUAAAUAACAAAGGAGGUGGUGGAGGAGGUGGAGGUGCAAGAGGUGAUAAUGUUGAUGUCCCAAGUAGUGGUGCAGUUGGAGAGGGUGAAAGGGUUACAACUUCCAGAAGGAACAGUGUUCUGUGUAUUGGUGAAGUUACUAAUGGUGAGGAAAGGUUGAACCGAGAAACAAGUCUCAGAAGUGGAAGUAAACGUUCCCAGAAGGUGCCUGAGCAUAUCAUCCCUUGGUCUGAAUUUGAACCCCUUGAACAUGACCAUAGUCUUUGUGAACGAGUCAAUAUCAAUGUUAGUGGGAUGAAGUUUGAAACAACUUUACGAACGCUCAAUAUGUUUCCCAAUACGUUACUGGGCAAUCCAGAGAGACGAGCAAGAUAUUUUGAUUCACAUCGAAAUGAAUAUUUUUUCGAUCGAUGUAGAAUUUGUUUCGAUGCUAUUCUCUAUUAUUAUCAAAGCGGAGGUCGUUUAAGAAGACCUGGAAACAUACCGUUGGACAUGUUUGUUGAGGAGAUAAAAUUUUUUGAACUCGGUGAGAUUGCUUUUGGUAAAUUGAAAGCGGACGAAGGUUUUGGCCAAGAAGAGGUUGAAAAACCACUGCCAGAGAAUCCAUUGCAACGUAAACUUUGGUUACUCUUUGAGCAUCCAGAAAGCUCCAUGUCAGCCCGUUAUGUGGCCAUUAUUUCCGUUCUGGUAAUCAUUUUUUCCAUUGUGAUAUUUUGUCUGGAAACCAUGCCUCAAUUCAAGCAUUACAAAAUUUUUACCAAAGGAAAUUCUACUAAGGUUGUGGAGGACGAAACCCCAUCCGCGACGGAACCCUUUUUUAUUAUAGAAACUGCCUGUAUAUUUUGGUUUACACUUGAACUUAGCGUCCGUUUUUUAGCUUGUCCUUCCAAAAUUGAUUUCCUUAGGGAUAUAAUGAACGCAAUCGAUUUUAUGGCAAUCGUUCCUUACUUUAUAACACUUGGAACCAUGUUUGCUGAGGACAAAGAACUGGACAAGCGAAAGUUUAGCAGUGAGAAGCAAAGCCAGGCCAUGUCACUGGCUAUUCUCCGGGUUAUCCGAUUGGUCCGUGUCUUCCGUAUAUUUAAACUUUCCCGACAUUCUAAAGGACUUCAAAUUCUUGGGAUGACAUUGAAAUCGUCGUUACGUGAAUUGGGUCUUCUCAUAUUUUUCUUGCUCAUCGGUAUAAUACUCUUCUCAUCGGCAGUUUAUUACGCUGAAUCGGGAUCUGAACGGUCCUACUUUAAAUCCAUUCCUGAUGCAUUUUGGUGGGCUUUAGUCACCAUGACCACCGUUGGCUAUGGUGACAUGGUUCCACUAUCUUUUUGGGGUAAAAUUGUGGGCUCUCUUUGUGCCAUUGCUGGUGUUUUAACCCUUGCACUUCCAGUACCCGUAAUUGUCUCCAAUUUUACAUAUUUCUAUAAUCGAGAGAUGGUUCAAGGUGAUUUAGAAUCGACUAAUGAAAAGUUUGUCAAGGGUUGUCCAUAUUAUUAUCUUGAAGGGCAUCAUGUUAAAUGGCGAACCACCCUUGAAUCAGCAACAAUCUCAUCCAAUUUAAGCUCAACUGAUAGUUAUCAAGAAGAUGAACAAAGGCGAGCAAGAGGAAGCAGCGGAAGCAACGGAGAGAGUUAUUAUGUUGGUCAAGUUGGAGCUGAGAGAAGGUUAAGUUUGAAAGCAAACGAUAAUGAUGGCAUUGAAGUGACUCGGCGACUCGUCACUAGCAUGGAAUACGCAACUCAGCGAAUGAUGAUACGAAGCACAUCCAAGUGUCACUGUGUUGAGGCAGAUGAUCCAAGACGAUCGUACAAGAAGAACAGAUCAAAUGAUGGUGAUGGCCGAGGAUUGGUUGGUGAUGAUGAUGAAGAUGAUGGUGAUGGCGAUGAUACGGAUGAAGAUGAUGCUGAAGAUGAACAAGAUGACGAUUCGAGUAAAGAGAAGGGUAAAUCGCGAAAACGAAAACACACAGUUCAAGAACAUCGAUUGUCAAAGCUUUACAAGGUUGUUGAUAAUUUACGCAAUUUGGAUGGAAGUACUGUUAGUCUAAUUUCAAAGGAUUAACCGGGAUAACUUGGUGUGACAUGAAGAGGAAAAGUGUCAUGAAAAGUAGUCAAAUAUAAAAAAGAAAAGGAUGAACAAAAUUCUGGAAAGUUGUCAUGAAAAAGAAGACAAAUCAGGAGAUGACAAAGAAUGUAUAUAAUAUGGCAUUUUUUAUGCUUUGUCAAGGAGAAAAGUUAACAAUCAAAGGUACAAAUAAAAAGGUUGAAGUUGGAUGAUAGACAUCAUUAUCAUCGUCAACAUUCAUAUAAUCAUCAUGUACAUUAACAACAAUUUGUUGUUUUUAUUUUUGGCUCGACUAGAUCUUUGAUUGGUUUUGUUUGUUUCUGGAAGAUGAUUUUUUGUUUUUACUGUUCUUCCAAAUAUUCCCAUUUUAAACAAGUUUCAUCUCAUCCAGAAUUGGAAGAGAAGGAAGAAAAAAGACGAGAAAGAAUUAUCAAGUCAAUCAUGGAUCAAAUACUUUACAUACACAUCAUGAUAACAACGAAAUUUGCUUUUGUUUACAUCAACAGUUGUACUUUCAUUUUGAUUAAUUGUCUUCACUCUGUUUCAUUUCAAGCAAAAACCAUGAUUCAACUAAAUAUAUAUUGAUCAUGGAGGAACCAUGAGGAGUUGAAAAUCGACCAGAAGCUUAACAAUUUUGCAUAACCCAAACUUAAAUUGGACAAAUUUGGAGCAUUGCCAACUCAACUGGCUGAGGAAGUCAUAUUUCGAGCUAAUUUUUCAAUCAAAUGUUGGUCUACUUUUCAUCUCGAUGGAAGCUUGAUCUGAAUGCGCACAAAUUAACCACAAUAAAAGCUUUUCUUAUUUGGAAACCAAUGAGUGUUGGUAUCCAUGAAGCAUUAAUGCAAUUCUUUGCGCACAAAUGAUCGCAAUGAAAUUUGGUCCAGAAAAUGACCUUUCAAAAUUGAUGAAAAAAACAAAUUGAAAGGAUGGUUUUUGUGUUAUUAUAACGAGGAUUAAUCAAUGAAAUUGGACAACUGAAGCUAUGAGAUGGACUUUAAAUUUUAAUUGUUGCACAACAUUACUGCUGUUGAUUGCUGUAAAUAUAAAUGAACAAAUAAUCCAUUGGAACAGUUGGUUGAUCAAUAGCGUCAAUAAAAUGAUUGGUGAACAAUAAUCAAUUGAAUAAUGAUAAAAACAAUAAUUAUAGUUACCUUGAUUUAAUGUAAUGAUGAUAACUUGAUACAUUGUGACCAAAAACGUAACUGUAAAAAAAGGCUUUUUUUACUACUGAUCAUUAUUUUUUGUCUCUCUUAGAUUAUUAAUUCCCUCUCUUUUUGAUGUUUUCAUUUCUUUUUAUAAAUAAUUUGUCGCCAAAUUUAUUUAAAUUCUGAAUACCGAAUCCUGAUUACAAAUUUGAGAUAAAAAAUAAACAAAUUAAAUCAAAUCUGUGAAGAAAUUGAGUUCAUUCCUUUACUAAAUAUCAACUUUUUUCCUCGGUCCGCCGGUUUUCCUUGAAUGAGGAUUGACCAUUCUUGGCCAAUUUUCAUUUCAAAUUACAUUGAUUUUUUUUAACAAAGAUUUGUUAUUAGUCAAACUUUAUUAAUAACAAUUAAAUGAACAUUAGAUCACUCAAAAGAUACAUUUCCCAAUAAAAAAGGUUUGUUUGCAAGUAUAGGAAGCAAAAUUUGGACUUGAAAAAUUUCACUGCGAAGUAAAUGUUUGGGUUAAUUAUAUCAAUUACAACAAAUUAGUUGAUUACAUUGGAGUCGUUGAAUCUUACUCAUUGGUAAAAAUUUGUUUUCGUUCAGUGAUAUACUAUAAAUGAAUAAUGUUGCACCAGAAUAGUUAAGGAGUAAAGGUAUAUCACUAAAAUAAGGCACAUUCCAUGCAUUGAAUUAUAUUAAUGAUGAUAGUUGAGUCAUGGUAAGGAUGAUGAGAGAAUGGUUAUGAUUAUAAUAAUGAUGAGACCAUUUAUUUGAUGAAAAUAUUGUUUGCAGGUAUCCCAAGUACAAUGUUGUUAGAGCGUGAUUAGAAAAAUCAAAAUUUGAGCUAAAUUUGAAUCAUUUAACUGGAAACAAAUUGAACUUAGUUCUGCUGAUCUGCACUUGAAUCAAAAUGAAAAACGACCGUUUGAAUAGAUUAAUAGUUAAUAAGCUCCGAUAGAGUAAUCCAGUAUGAUUUUUGUUGAAAAAAGUUAAAUUGAUUGUUACUUUAUAGAUUAUAUGACUGAAAAUAACCCGAGGUUGUUGCGUGGACCAAAAAUGGAAAGGGAUAGAAGAUAUGUAAAGAUGCAAUGCGAAGGAGAAAGAAGUAACGAAAAGAGGAU